AUGCAGUACUUCACCAUCCUCGCCCUUGCUGCCGCUGCCUUCGCCGCUCCCCUUGAGGAGCGCCAGGCCGGCCUCUGCUCAUCGGGCUCUCCCCUUUGCUGCGCAACCAGCGUCCUCAACCUUGCCAUUCUCGACUGCCAAACUCCUCCCACCACACCCACAGGCAUCAACAACUUCAUCGACAUCUGCGCCGCUGAGGGACAACAGGCCAAGUGCUGCUUGAUCCCCAUCCUGGAGCAGGCUCUGCUCUGCACUGAUGUCCAGCCCCAGGCUGCGGCUCCUGCUGUCUCUGCUGCUUGA